UAUGAUGAGUAAUAAAUAAAUAUUACAUUUAAAUACGAAUGCGAUCAUCAGUGAGUCGUCUUAAAUUUUGCAUAUAUAUUGAACACCUUUUUUAAUGUUUGACUAAUCAAACAUUAACUCGAUUUAACACCAAUAAAAGGCUUACAAUUUAUUUGUUAGAGUAUUUCAAGUUGACCUAAUUAUAUUCCAGGAGAUGCAUUCUGCAGCAGCGGCAACUGAGCAAUUUGUAAAAUGAGCGUAUUGCAGAUUGUGAAAUCGCAGGGCGCUGCUAGGGGAGAUGCUGGUAAAGUAAAGGCUUGUGGUUAUGGGCUUGUACUUGGCACCAGCUCAUUUCAUUAUCAUCUUCAUUAGGCAAGAGCCAGGGAAGGAGAUGCAGCCGGGGCGGCGAGAUAAGCUGAGGCGGAUUCUCCAUUACAUCUCAGAAAAGCGCCGCGGCGUCGUCGGCGUCUUAUGGCGCAGUAAAGAAUUAUAUUCCAUCGACGCCGCCGUCUCUGCUGCGCCGCCGCGUACAGUGAGCACCCGGAAUCGGUUCUACAAAAUUCUCCAAUCUUUAUUUAUUAAAAUUGGAAAUUAAUUGUUAUAGAAAUAAUGUGUUUACUGUGUAAAAUUGGCGAAAAUAAACUAACAAAAUUCAGAUGUUAAAUAACAUACGUCAAUAAAAUCUCAACUAUGUAUGGGCCGACUUGGCCAACCACCCUUGCUUCAACCAACUGUUGCCGCUUACCUGCAAAAUGGUUGUCAUGACACUUGACGCUAAACAAAUAAAGGUCACCAUGGUAAUCCCAGCAAGCGACCACAACAAAGGACUUUCAAGUAAAUGUUCCAUUCACUAACGAAGUGCUUGGCAAAAAUGUUGCAUCAGGGAAUUAUUCUGCGAGAGGGACAUGUCACCAGGACAAUUUACAAUCUGAUCAAAGACAAACGCUACGAGGAUGUGAUCGAGUGCAUAACCAAUAUCGGUGAGGCGGCCAACACGAGGGCGGGGCUCUCGACCCUGGGACAUUGCUACUACCACGCCCAGAAAUACGAGGAGGCGGCCACCUGCUACGAGCAGCUCUGCCAGCUGGCCCCCAAGGAAGCCAAGUACAGAUUCUACUAUGCACAGUCUCUGUAUCAGGCUGGCAUAUUCUCUGAAGCCCUGCGGGUGCUUAAGCAAAUUGGAGAUCAGGAGGAUGAGCUCCGGGAGCACUGUCUCCAGCUUCAGAGUGCGAUUCUCUACUCCAGCGAGGACUUUGCUGGGGCUCAGAGCUUGCUAAACCAGCGGGCAGGGGGCACUGCGGAUACCCUCAAUGACGAGGGAUGUCUACUGUUCCAGGCGGAUCAGCACGAGGCAGCGGUGCAGCGAUUCCAGGCGGCCCUUCAAGUGGGUGGCUUUAAUCCACUGGUGGCCUACAACGUGGCCCUGGCCCAUUUCCAAAGAAAACAGCGAGCCCAAGCUCUGGAUUAUACCUCGGAGAUUGUGGAGAGGGGAAUGCGAAACCAUCCGGAGCUGGGCAUUGGCGCCCAGGUGGAUAUUCCCGACAUCGGUGCCCGGAGUGUGGGAAACCCCAUCACCAUGGCCAUGUCGGGCAUUACUCAAGCGCUCAAUUUGAAGGCAGCCCUGGAGUUUCAGGACGGCAAUGAGGAGGCGGCCAGGGAUGCCCUUCUGGACCUGCCGCCUCGAGCUGAAAGCGAACUAGAUCCGGUCACGUUGCACAACAUGGCCCUUACCGAUGUCCAGGGUCCGGUGGCCGGUCUAAGGAAGCUGGCGUUCCUUCUCGAGCUGGGUGCUCCCUCCUGCCCCAAGGAGACGUUCGCCAAUAUUCUGUUGAUCUGCUGCAAGCAUGAGCUGUACGAAACUGCUGCCGAUAUUCUGGCCGAGCACACCGACCUCACCUACAAGUAUCUGUCGCAGUAUCUCUACGAGCUGCUGGAUGCCCUCAUAACCGCACAAACCAGUGCCGAGUUGGCCGAGAAGAAGCUGGGCACUCUGGCCUCCAGUCUGGCCGGCAAGUUGCGCAGCCUGGCCGCAAAGGUCCAGGAAGUGAGGGCCACCAAUGAGCAGCAGGCACUCAGAGACGCCCUCAAGGACUACGAACAGGCAUUGGAACUUUAUUUGCCAGUGGUAAUGGCUCGAGCCUGGAUUUCCUGGCGCGAUGAUGACUUCGUGGGAGCCGAAAGGGAAUUCCAUUCGAGUGCGGAGUUCUGUUCGGAGAACUCCAUAUGGCGAUUGAAUGCAGGACAUGUGCUCUUCAUGCAGGGCGACAAAUACAACGAGGCGGCUGCCUUUUAUGAACCCAUCGUCCGGCAGCACUCAGAUGAUAUCAUGUCCGUUUCGGCAGCGGUGCUGGCCAACCUUUGCGUAUCCUACAUCAUGACAUUCCAGAACGAGGAAGCCGAGGAGCUGAUGCGCAAGGUGGAAAAGGCCGAGGAGCUGAAGGGCAAUCUGGGCAAGCAAUACCACCACCUGUGCAUUGUCAAUCUGGUGGUGGGCACUCUGUACUGUGCCAAGUCCAACUACGAAUUCGGCCUUUCCCGCAUUGCCCAUGCCCUGGAGGGCGGGUCGGGGAACCGACUGUAUGCCGACACCUGGCUGCACGUGAAGCGAUGUAUCCUUGGGCUCCUGACCGGCAUGGCCAAACAGAACAUCAUCCUGCCGUAUGCCACAGUGCAGGAGGUCCUCAACUUUCUGCGAUUCUGCGAGGCCUACGGCCUCUUUACGCCGGCCAACAUUUUUGCAGCCACCGAACAGGUGCCAGAGGAACCACUGACUAUCGGACUAGAGGCCAGGAAGUUGCGACUUCUAAUGAUUAGGCUAAGCGAAUAUGAUAAUAAUUAG